GAGCCUGAACGUCACUACCUGUCUGGUGCUGGGGAGGAAGAAACAACAACAAAGAGGCUGGAAACCCGGUAAUGGCAGAGUUUGGGACACAAAUAGAAAUACAAUGAGUUGUAGAAGAAAACGUGCCACCCCAUUGCGGGUAGGUGAGGAUAAGAAGAAAAAGCUAUGUUGGAACAUGCAUGAUGACCUGAAAGAAAAGGAUAACGUACUGGACAACAGUGAUUGUGGCUUAAUUGCAGGUCCAAGCUUCUUGGGGAACAGACAGGAAGAUGGUAAUCUGAAACUGAAUGAAUCAGUGAACAUCUCAAUUCUUCCAGAGGUUGAAGAUGGAGAGGACUCUUUACAAGACAUCCCCAGUAGCUCUGUCAAGCUGAACUUCACUGUGUCUCCACACCACACUGACGGGAAAUGGAAAGCAAUGCUUGGGGAGUUUACCCUUCAACUUAUAUCAGACCAAGCAUUUCAGGACAGAAUUUGGACUCAGGAUAUACAUUUGAUAAAGACCAGUGUGGAAAACCAUAUUCAGGUCUGGCUCAGGAAGGAACAAGAUGGUUUGAGCAGCAAAGAGAGUGAUUGUCCGGAAGAAAUGGUUCACCUUGUGAGAACUUCACUCAGUUCAAGCAUGCUGCAAAACAUAGUGUGGCUUCAAAAAAAGAAAGUACUUGGAUUUUUUCAAAAGAAAGUUGACCAUUGUCAAACUCUAAAGGUGUGCAUAUACCUGCUCGAGCGCGGCCUGGGAAAACUAGAAUUCCUGAGUGAAGGGAGCUGUAGGAUGAGAAAAACAACUGCAUUAAUUCAGAAACUUAUGGAAUAUUUUUAUGACUUAAUAUCUCCAGAUGUUUUAAUAGUUAAUGAGGAAGAGGCUGAUAAAGAACUUGAAAGGCAAAAUAUAGAGGAACUUUAUGACUUUGUACGACGUUUGCACCAGCAAGAAAUUCUUUGUACUGAAAAAGUUCAGCAUCCUCUACUUAUUCCAGCACUUAGACCAUAUCAACACGAGGCCGUCAGUUGGAUGCUUCAGCAAGAACAUUAUAAAACUCCCUCUUCCUGUAACAAAACUGCUCUACAUUUGUUAUGGAAAGAAUUUACUACAAAGGAUGAAAAUAAACUUUAUUACAACCCAUACACUGGCUAUAUUAUUCGUGAGCGUCCUCUGCCAGGUCCUGAAUGGCCUGGAGGUAUCCUUGCUGAUGAGAUGGGUCUGGGGAAAACUGUAGAGAUACUGGCACUUAUCCUAACCCAUACACGUGAAGAACUCAAACAAGAAACACUGACCCUCCCAGAGGGGAAAUCUGUAAAUUACUACAUCCCUUCUCCACCAUCUUUGAGGUCUCGUAAACCAGAGACAAAGAAAAAUGAACUCAAGCCCAAGGAGAAAGUGAACUAUCCCAGCUUAAGAGUAAUGUUAACUUCGGCCAUAAAGGACAGGAAAAUCAAGAAAGGUGCUUCUGCCAAUGCCAUCUAUAAAUUCAUCACUGCCACUUACAAGUAUGAUGUGCAACGAAACCGGCCACUGAUCAAAAAAACUUUGGAAAAACUUGUUGCAGAACAAGUGGUGGAACAAGUCAAAGGUCACGGAUUAGCUGGAUCCUUCAGGAUGGGAAAGAAUUACAAGGAACAGAUGAAACAAAGUGGAACUGAAAAGCAGAAACGAGGGUUUCCGACCAGUGGAUCGGAACAUAAUGAGUUACGUAAUUUAAUAAACAACAAGCAGAAGGUGAAGGCAGAGGAAAAGGACACAACUUUGAACCCAGUGGAAGAUGACAAAACAACUGAAAACGUGAAGUGUCUCAUGGUAAAUGAACACAAUUAUUGUGGUGCAAAUAAACAGUGUCAGAGUGCAGAAAAACUACCUGUAUCACCCCAGAGCUUUACUAAAGAGCAAAAGGAUGGCGCAGUACAUGCUGCACAAAAAGAGAUGAAAGCAACUAUUGAAAUGAACCAUGAGAGUAAAAGUUGCAGUGAAGAACUGCAUUCUGUGACCAAUCAUAAUAGUAACUUACGUGCCCAAAAAGCAGAUUCUUAUCAGAAAACAGAGACUGUAUAUCCCUCAGGGCAACAAAUGGUCUUUCCCUUCAAUACUUCACGAUAUCGCUUUGAGUGCAUCUGUGGAAAAGUUGGGCUGGCCGAUUACAAAGCACGUGUCCAGUGUCUGAAUUGUCACCUCUGGCAGCAUGCUGAAUGUGUUAAUUAUAAAGAAGAAAACUUAAAAACCCGACCGUUCUACUGCCCACACUGUCUGGUUGCCAUGAAGCCUGUGCCCACGUCAGCAACUCUCAUCAUCUCACCGAGCUCCAUCUGCCACCAGUGGGUGGAUGAAAUUAACAGACACGUGAGAUCUUCUUCACUCUGCAUUUUGGUAUACCAAGGAGUAAAGAAGCAUGGCUUUAUCCAACCUCACAUGUUGGCCAAGCAUGACAUUGUUAUCACGACAUAUGAUGUUCUUCGAUCGGAGCUAAACUAUGUCGACAUACCUCACAGCAAUAGUGAUGAUGGCCGGCGUUUCCGCAACCAAAAACGUUACAUGGCAAUUCCAAGCCCACUGGUGGCGGUGGAGUGGUGGAGGAUCUGUCUGGACGAGGCUCAGAUGGUGGAAUGUGCUACUGCAAAGGCUGCAGAAAUGUGUCUAAGAUUAAGUGCAAUAAAUCGUUGGUGCGUCACUGGAACUCCUGUUCAAAGAGGCUUAGAAGAUCUGUAUGGAUUAGUACUGUUCCUUGGUGUCGACCCAUACUGGGUCAAACACUGGUGGGACCAGCUCCUAUACCAACCUUACCGCAGGAAAAAUCCUUUUCCUCUCUAUAGCCUCAUUGCAAAGAUCAUGUGGAGAACAGCAAAAAAGGAUGUGCUUGAUCAGAUCCAGAUUCCCCCUCAAACAGAGGAAGUUCACUGGCUUCAGUUUUCCCCUGUGGAGAGGCAUUUUUACCAUCGGCAACAUGAGUUCUGCUCCCAAGAUGCGCUGCAGAAACUGAGAAAAAUUUCUGACUGGAGCAUUAAGCUGAGUAUUCUGGAUAGACGAACAGUGGCUUCCAUUCUGUAUCCGUUACUUAGGUUAAGGCAGGCGUGCUGUCAUCCACAGGCUGUUCGUGGAGAGUUUCUUCCACUGCAGAAAAGCACCAUGACAAUGGAGGAACUUUUGAAGUCACUUCAGAAAAAAUGUUGCACAGCGUGUGAAGAGGCUCAUCGACAGCUUGUCUGUGCUCUCAAUGGUUUGGCAGGCAUCCACAUUAUCAAAGAUGAGUUUACGACGGCAGCUGAAUAUUACAGAGAAGUUCUGCGCUCAUCUGAAGAACAUAAAAGCAAACUUAAAACAGAUUCUUUACAGCGUCUCCACGCGACUCAUAACCUUAUGGAACUUCUGGAGUCAAAACACCCAGGGAUUCCACCAACACUUCGAGAUCACAGACUUCGAGAUGAGACUGAGCAGCAUAAACAGCACUACAUGAACAAAUCAGAUGCUGAGGUUUCUGAGGCAUAUCAAGCUCUGCAAUCAGUUCAGCAAAACAUGCGUGAUCUGCAGCGCAAGAUUAAUGCAGGGGUUCCUUGGUGGCUGGGUAUCAUUGAGAAUUCACGGCAAGAUGCUAUGGAUGAGGAGCUAGUAAUCCGAGUGCAAAAUGAACUCUCAUCCAACUCUAAGCACCAAAGCAAUAAAUUCUCCAUGGCAGAAAAAUUCCGUGACUCUAGAGGCUUGCAGUUUCUGCUGACAGUGCAAAUGGAAGAGCUGAGGAAAUCUCAACAGUUGGUGCAGGAUGCUGUGAAGAAUCUGGAGGCCCCCCCAUCACAACAAGCGAUUCACGCCGCCACCAUCUGCCAUCUCCGGCCUGUCCGAUUUCCUUUGAACAACUGUCUAUUCUGUAAAGCAGAUGAACUAUUCACAGAAUACGAGUCAAAGCUUUUCUCUCACAGUGUUAAAGGGCAGAAAGCAAUCUUUGAGGAGAGGAUCGAAGACGAAGAUAGAUUAGUUGAUGAUCGUUUACCUACCACUAGUCGUGGACUUUGGGCAGCAAGUGAGACUGAACGCUCUUUAAAAGCCAUCUUGACCUUUGGAAAAGUUCGCCGAAUGGACGCAAUGCUCAUAGAAGAAGGGAAUAUCUUCAUGGAACAAUUUGAAGCAGUGAAAAAGGAAUAUAAGUUGCUGCAUGAAUAUUGGAUGGUACUACGGGAUCGUGUCUCUGCUAUAGAUGAGCUAGCGAUGGCAACAGAGAGGUUUCGAAUACGCCUUCCGGAUGAACCUAAACCCAAUCUUCCUGUUCUUCACAUCAUUGAGCCACAUGAGGUGGAACAGAAUCAAAUGAAGCUCUUAAAUGACAAGCUGGUGGCCACAUCGCAGUUACAGAAGAAGCUUGGCCAACUUCUCUAUCUCACAAAUCUGGAGAAGUCCCAGGAUUCAUCAACAGGUGCCAUCAAUCCCGAGCCAUGUCCAAUCUGUGCACGCCCAUUAGGGCAACAGUGGGCAGUCUUAACAUGUGGACACUGCUUCUGCAAUGACUGCAUCGCCAUUAUAAUAGAACAGUAUAGCACUGGGGCUCGGCGAAGUGCCAUCAAGUGUGCCAUUUGCAGGCAGACAACAACACACAAAGAAAUCUCUUAUGUAUUCACAGCUGAGACUGCAAACAAAGAUGAUGAUAUUCCAAUAAAGGGCAGUCACUCGACUAAAGUGGAGGCUGUGAUCCGAACACUGAAAAAGAUACAGCUGAGGUAUCCUGGAGCCAAGGCUUUAGUCUUUUCAACGUGGCAAGAUGUGUUGGAGAUAAUAGGGAAAGCUUUGUUUGACAACAACUUGGAGUUUGUUCAGAUUGAUGGCCUUCAUAAGUUUCAGGAGAAUCUCUCAGCAUUUAAAUAUGAUGCCAAGAUCAACAUUUUGCUCCUGCCCCUCCACACAGCAUCUAAUGGGUUAAACAUUAUUGAAGCCACACAUGUGCUUCUGGUGGAGCCUAUUCUAAACCCCGCCCAUGAGUUACAAGCCAUUGGCAGAGUACAUCGCAUUGGACAAACAAAACCAACUGUUGUUCAUAGAUUUCUAAUCAAAGCAACCAUUGAGGAAAAGAUGCAAAGUAUGCUUAAAAGUGCUGAGAAAAGCCACAGCAAGUCUGCAGUGAUAAACUCUGAAGCCUCUGUAUUGACUGUGGGAGACCUAGCAGAUCUAUUCACAGAAGAAAGGAAUGUGGAUGAAUGAAGGCAGUCUCUUUGGUCAAGAGGUUGAAGAUCAAUUGCAUCUAUAUAUUGCUUCUUUACUUCGUAUUGUGAGAUCUUCCUACCACAGAAAGUUGUAACUUAUUAACGACAACCAAAGAGCAGAAUUGCUUCUGAAAAACAAGCUCAGUGAGCUUCAAAUAAGUCAAGUGAAGGCAUAGAGGUCGAUUAUGCUUUACUUUUAAACAAAACUGGUUUUAAUGUUUGAAUACAGUAUUUCUAAUAUUGAGGAUCAAAACCUUCCUAACAUUUUAAUUCAAAACUUUCAUACCUAUCAAAAGCUAUUCUCAGCACUGGUUGAUGUACAAUAUGGCGGGUUAAUAUAAAUUUGUUAAGGUGCAGUCUUUUUCAACAUACAUUUCAACCAUAUUCUUAAGAUCAAGCAUCCUUUCUUUCAGUCAGUCUAAUAAUUUAUUUGUAAAUCACUGUAUGAUAGGGCAUUUGUAUCUCCAGUCUUAAUGUUAAUCAAACAUUAACAAAAGAAAGUGACUGCUUAAUUGUUCCUCGUAUUUGCAAGUGUGCAGAUAUUCUGUAUCAAUAUGAAAGUCUCUCUUAGCUGUGAGGAUCUUACUUGAAAUGAGUGUGAGGGACCUCAGUGUGGUUCUUGGUGGUUGUGAGCCCACAUUUAAGAACCUGCCAACAAUUUUGUCUGUCUGAAAUUGGCACUAUCUUUCAGGGGAUGUGAGAUUGCUCAGUCUAAGGAAAUUGAAAUAGAUUGAAUUUGAAGGCAUAUUGUAUGGAAAAGAAAUGCAAAACAUGGAGUGAAUUGAUAAUAGCAAAUGUGCAAUAUAUCCUCUGAAAAUGCAGUAGCAUUUAAAAGUGGCAUCAUUCAUAGUAACAGUUACUCCUCAAUGGAAUGGUUCCUCACUCCCUCUGUGCUGGUAUAUGCUUUGCCUUGAUUGAGUAAACCUGGGAAAAUAACAUGGCUAUAUUGAAUAUUUUGCAUUGCCUCCACACAAAAUGAGUUAAUGGAACUCUGUUUAGAAGGCACUGCACUAAGAACAUCUGGUCAGCCUCCAGCGCUUGACUAAUCCCUGUACCCAGGAAAUUGUGCCUGUGCCGUUCCCCAAUGCUCCAGUGAGGCUCCACCAAGGGGCACGAUGUCCAAGAAACGUGACCAGUCGCACACAACUUUUAUUUGACACCUGGUCAGUGUUUGAUUCCUACUCUGUAUCUUUUCUUUGCUAAUCUACAUCUGGGAUACAUAUUUAGGGUCAAGUAAAGAAUCACACCACACAACAAGAAAUUUGGGAAUAAUAUAUGUGUGUAUAUAUAUAGAUAUAUAUAGAAGUAUGCAAUGUAUCGAAUAUUUGCCCUUGAUGGAUUUGUGACCUAUUUGGUGAUCUGCUGGUGAGUGACAUAACGGCAGCAGUGUCUGGUGCUGCUAUCACUGGACUUAAGUGCUUCAGAAGAGGCACCCAUUGUCGCUUGAUCCCAGGCUGCGAUCCGCCAUUGUAGUUUUUUUUUAAAUUACAUUUCUUUUAAAAUUACAUUCCUUUUCUUUCUUACAAAAAUGACUUGCAAAAAAAGUGUAAAUCUUUACAGAAAUAUCAUGAGCACCGUCUUUUUUUUUAACAGUUCAGGUGUCUGCUUUUCGGAGAGGCUAAGCGCUCUGAGACACUGCCCCGUGUGAAGGGCUCUAUAUAAAUGCAAGUUGUUGUUGUUUGCAAUGCAGGCUGCAGGCAUACAAAAUUUGAAUGGUAAAUCCGAUUUUUUUUUGUCUAUUUUGUGUAUAGUUGUCUACAAAUACACAGUCA